UUGCUAAUGCUUUAGAUAGCAUUUUUCUGUAGUAUUUUAGGAGUGGGGAGAACUUGUGAACUUAUAUAAAACAAUCACUUAUCGUAUGGUGAGACUUUUGUGAAUUGUUGUGUUCGUUCGUGAUUCGAUUUUUUAGGUUACACAAACUGAAAGAUCAAGUAUGUCCGCAUCACCGAUUGCAAGGCAAGCUACCCAAAGUCAAAACAUACCUUCGAAACGAAUUGUUAUUAAUGAUCCCAGUCAAUUACCUAAUGAUUAUUCAUCCACCCCUGGUGGAACACUUUUUUCAACUACGCCUGGAGGUACUCGUAUUGUUUAUGAACGUGACUUUUUAAUGAAUUUACGAAAUUCUCCUAUAUCACGAACACCACCACGAAAUAUGCCAUCUAUACCUGGAGAAUUAUUGAAACAUGCAUCACCAAAUCCUUUAACAUCAGUAAAGAAUCAAAUUAUCAAAGAUACUCCAGUAAUUGAAGAAUCUGCAGAACAAUUUGAAAUGGACAUGUAAUAAAUUGUGAUAAGAAUAUAUUCAUAAUGUGCCAGCAAUUUUAAUAAGUAGUAAUAAUCAAUGUAACCAUACAAAAAUAUAUUAGCAAAAUAGCAUUUUUGUAUAAAUAUA